CAAAUAUCCAGUUUUCCAAAACUUAAAUUGACAUGCAUUCAGUUUUUGUUAAAUUAUUUUCAAACUUAGACUAAUCAUGAGGUCAUAAAUCAACCCAUGACAAGUUUGUCUCAGCAAACAAGAACACUAACCUUAAUUUUUAACUAGAAUUGUGUGGGUUUUCCAAAUUGGGGCCCAAUUGCUUGUUAGUGGGCAUAUUUGGGUUGGUAACAUUAGGAUACAAUGUCCAGUUGACUUUAAACUUGUUUAAAGCUAUUAGACAUGGGCACGGGGCUUUACAGAGGCCUUUUGUUCAAACAAGGGGAAAGUGGUAUCAGUCCUCUGACAAGGAUGUGGGUGACUGGGAGGUGCGAAGGCCAAAUUCCCCACUUGGGUUCAGAGCACUGACUUCAUUUGUGCCUUGUCUUGGAUGCACAGAUGUGGAGUUCAUGCAAGUGCACAUUUGUAUGUGGGUUCUUUUGGACAGUAGGUUGAGGCCCAAAUGUCCAGGCUUUAUUGAAUGAUUGUGACCUUGUGCUCUGGUAACAGAGUACUGACAAUGAGAAGCUGAUUUUGUUUUGACUCAUUCAUACAUGAGACCAUAUCACAUGCACCAUUUAGGCAUUUUGCACAUUGACUAUAUAAAACUUUAAAAGUCUUUAAUUUUACUUAAAUGGUUUGUUUAACCCUUGUGUUGUCCUUUGGGUCACUGGGACCCGAAAGACAACCAAAGGGUUAAAAUGUGUACAAAUCCACAACUAUUUUCCAGAGGACAUUCAGUUUUCCCAACUCAGAUUUUUAAAUGCCCUAUUAAUGAUUAAGCUUACUCUGGAUAGCUGUGGGUGAAGGCUUUAAGCAGACAUUCUUUUAUAAUGGUUUAACCCAUUCAAACACAUCACACCAUGAGCUGAUGAAUUCUUGUUUUAAUGGUUCUUGCUUGAGCUGCUUUGUAUGCGCAAACAUGACAAUUGUUUAAACACUUCAGACAACCUUUUCUGUAGGUUUUUCAAUCCUCUGCAGAUGGACACACAGCAACACAUGCACAAAGUGCAUACAUGCUCGAAUCAGUGAGAAUAACUUAUUUAUCCAACUUUAAGAUCAAAUAUAUCGGACAAGUCUCUGUUCUUUUAAAAAUAAAUGCUUUGUAGGUUACACAGUCAGCCUCAUACUGGAGUUGCUGAGUCUGUUUCAUGAAUAAGAAAUGGUCAAUACAUGUCUUGGACUGCUAUGUAUCAAUAGUACAUCAAAAAUAAACUGCCUAAAAUGUAACCAGGACAUAAAAGUGAUUUAUCAAACUGCUUCGGAGUAUCAGCCAGCAAUGUGAGGUGCUUAUUCCAGCAAAUGUUUUGCAACAAAUUAUUAAAAUGGUUUUGAAAACUACGCUAUAUUUUUCAAAUAUCACAUAAGUACUAAUGAUGUAAUAACUGGAUGAGGCCUCACUCAAACAAAUCCAAGACCAAAAGUGAUUAUUUUUUAUGUAUAUAUAUUUUUUCCUUUGUGCUGCAUUACUUGGCUUGGUCCAGAGUGAUAGAGAAAGACAUGGCUCGGGCUUGGUCAUUUGAGUUAUGACGUGAAUUUGAAGACUUCAAAUCUCACUGCAGUUUAUUUUGCAGACCCAUGCUACCCCCUUACGGCUGAUACUUGUAACGGCAAUUAUUGGACAGUACCACUAUAUCCUAAUAAAGGGGUGCAAUGUUCACAUUUAGUCGUGAAAUGGACAAGGGUUUUAUGAGAGUCUGUCUUUAACAAAAAACAUGUAAGUCAAUAUACUUUAAGACAAUGUUUUCUCGAUUAUAAUAUCCACUGUACAGUUUUCUUGUCUUUGUCCAGAUGAAAUGAUCCGGAAUGACGUCUUACGUGACGCCAUCAUCAAACAUGGCUGACGAAGAAAACACAAACAUGGAAGUCGAUAAGGAAAAGAAGAAACCUUUUGCUACCACAGUUAAACCACUCGUUGACGAGGUUACCCAACGAAUUGGCAACCAGAACAAUGUCGAAGGCAAAAAGGACGCCGGUGAAAGCAGCCCCACAACGGAAUACUGCGAGAAGCUGCAGGGGUGGAUGUGGCAGUACUACACGGGAUAUGUGAACUGGCAGAGCUGGAUGGCAGCGUCAGCCAUGUCCUCACCUUAUUAUUUACAGUCAGCCAGUGGGGCGUCGACGGUACCACUUGAUAUCAAUUCCCAGAACUGGUAUAACAGCCCGUUUGGUCUUCCGUUGUCGCCUUAUCCACCUGCCGUCUCCCAAAGCAUCCGGGUAGGUGAAGCCGCUGGCGGGGCUGCAGUGGCCGCUCAGCAGCAACAGCAGCCGCGGGAGAACGGAAAUGCACAGAGACCAGGUCGGGAGUAUAGCAUUCCUUCACCUCUCCAAAGACUCCUGGCUGAGAUGGUGGAUUUUUUCAUACUGUUUUUCAUCAAAGCAACCAUAAUCAUCAGUAUUAUGCAUCUUAGUGGAAUCAAGGAUGUUUCCAAGUUUGCCAUGCAUUUCAUAGUGGAGGAAAUAGAUGAGGACACAUCGAUGGAGGAGCUACAGAAAAUGAUGCUUGUUGCACUCGUGUACCGGAUAUUAGUUUGUUUUUACGAGAUUGUGUGCAUUUGGGGAGCAGGAGGAGCCACUCCAGGGAAGUUUCUUGUUGGACUCAGAGUUGUCACGUGUGACUCAUCAAUUCUGGUUCAGCCUAACAGGGUGCUUGUAGUGCCAGCAACUAAUGUCUCUCUGUCUGCAUCCACUGUCCGAGCCUUGAACAAGAACUUUUCAAUUGCCUUCUUUUUCCCAGCCUUCAUCACACUUCUGUUCUUCCAGCACAACAGGACUGUGUAUGAUAUGGUAGCUGGUACAAUUGUUGUCAAACGCUCCAGGAUCAGAUGACCCAGAAGAGAGUCCUACACUAUUACUGAAGAUGCACAGUGCUAAUGUGUUUGGUUUUAUAAAUACCUGCAGAACUCAGACAUUAGCCUUUUAAGGUAUCGUCAGAACAUGCAGGAGCAUUAAGAUGGUUGCAGAGAGUUUGAUGCACAUCAGUAUGAACUAUCGCAGUUCCCUACAACUUCGGUUUGGUUUGUCUCGGACACCUACUGUAUUUCUGCAUGUAUUGCUACAUGCUGCUUUCAGAAACUGUUCUGUGCCAAAUUGAUGUCUCCUUUGAAGACAGGAAUAAUUAUGGUAUAUGCUACCAUUCCGUUAACACAACAUUUGCCUCCUUAAAAUACUAAUCUUCCAGAUUAAGGGUGAAUGUCUCGUAUCACUCAGUAUUGAAGUUGCUCAUCAUGCAUUCAUGAGAUUAUACCUUCAGUAUCUCUUUGUAUUCAGAUUUUGUCUUAAGAGAGUUGUAUACUCAGAUUUUUCAAUUUUGAGUUGUUGACCUUCAUCACUGCAGGAGUGAUGGCCUCACAAUCAGCUCUUUUAGCUGCUGAAAUGCUGUGGUUCUUAGGCACAUUUAAAUGUAUCGAAAGGAAAUGUUAACCUGAUCACAAUUGCUUUUCCUUUUACUCUGAAAGCAUGUGUGUGACUGAAAUUUAAUGUAUGACACAUUUUAUGUGAUUAGCUGUUAUUUGCAUUUAAAAAGAUUAAAUGAAACCACAACUAUUUCCCUG